UAUGCUGAUGGAGGUCACACACCUUUCUUGCCUCGCCCGGAAGACGGAAGGCGCAGCGGCAUUUCCCCGUCAGCGUCCGUGAAGCCUUUACGACCGAGCCGCUCCGGUCCUCUCCCGUCCGCAGCUGUGAGUCUCUUCAUGCCCGCCGCUAAAUCCCGCUCCGCCGCUGUUUCACCGGACCCCAGACCUGUGGCAUGAGUUUUAUCAACAAAUGGAGACGAACGGUGAAGAAGGAUGACGGGAAAAAGGAUGCCACGCAGGCACAAGACGUCCCUGAUGAUGUGGACUCCCCGGGCCGGUUGUCAGUCAUAAACGGUCCAAACAUGGAUCCCAUUAUUACAGACUUCAAUUUACGGCUAGAAGACAUGAAGGGUUGUCCAGAUCCAACAAGUCCCUCAAAUGGGUGCUCGCGCUCCGACCUGUCGCUCGCUCUGGAGGACUGCAUGGCGGCUCUGGAUCAGUUCCUGAAGAAUGAGUUCGAGGAGGCGCAGGCCCGCCUCCGAUGCAGGACAAAAGACAGCAUGUACCACGCUCUAACCUACGCCACCAUCCAGCAAAUGCAGGCCAUGAUGACCUUUGACCCCCAGCACAUUCUGGCGGCGGGCAGCACCAUGAAGGAGGCGCAGACGAUCUGUCAGCGGUACCGGAAGAAGUCCAGUUUCAACAGAAACUUCACAGAAGAGGAACUCCAUGCUGAGGUGUGCUACGCCGAGUGUCUCCUGCAGAGGGCAGCACUCACUUUCCUUCAGGAUGAAAACAUGAUCAGUUUCAUCAAAGGGGGAAUCAAAGUGAGGAACAGCUACCAGGCGUACAAGGAGCUUCACACUAUCCUCCAGUCGUCUGGAUACACUAAGGGUGACGACCACAGGCACUUUGAGGGGGGUGUUAAACUUGGAGUUGGAGCCUUUAACUUAAUGAUUUCCAUGUUGCCCACUCGGACGCUCAAGCUGCUGGAGUUUGUCGGUUUCUCUGGCAAUAAGGAGUUUGGACUCCAGCAGCUUCAUGAGGGCUCUGCAGAAGGCACCUUCAGGUCUUUCUUGUGUAACAUGCUCCUGCUGUGUUAUCACACGUUCAUGAGCUUCAUUCUAGGAACUGGAGAAGGAGACGCUGAAGAGGCAGAGAAACUCCUGAAACCAUAUCUUGAAAAAUAUCCCAAGGGAUCCAUCUUUUUGUUUUUUGCUGGUCGAAUAGAAGAAAUCAAAGGCAACCUGGAUGGGGCUAUAAAGCGGUUCCAGGAGUGCUGUGAGGCCCAGCAGGAGUGGAGGCAGUUCCAUCACAUGUGCUACUGGGAGCUGAUGUGGUGCUUCACCUACCAGAGGCACUGGAAGAUGGCCUACUUCUACGCUGACCUGCUUAGCAGGGAGAACUCCUGGUCCAAGGCCACAUACGCGUACAUGAAAGCAGCUUACCUCAGCAUGCUGACGGAGGAUGACUGUCUAACCUUUGGGGAAUCUGCUCCAACUCUGUUCAGGCAGGUUCCUGGGCUGAAGCAGAAAAUCGCAGGGAAAUCUUUACCAACGGAGAAGUUUGCCAUCAGGAAAGCCCGCCGCUACCUUGCAGAAAACCCGAUUCCUCUUCCUGUCGCUCCUCUGGAGAUGAUGUACAUUUGGAACGGCUACACGGUCAUUGGAAAACACAAAGAGUUAACUGAGGGCAUGCUGGCAACUCUGGACGAAGCACAGACUGCGCUGGAAAGCUCCCCAAGGUCGGAGUACUCCACAGAUGACCAGUGCUUGAUAAGCUUCUUGAAGGGGCUUUGUCUCAAACACAUGGGGCACCAUGAGGAGGCUGAGCACUUUUUCACCCUGGUCCUCUGCAAUGAGGGUCAGAUCAAAUAUGACCAUUACCUGGUUCCCAACGCUCUGCUGGAGCACGGUCUGCUGUGUUUGGAGCAAGGCCGGAGAGCUGAAGCCAUGAAACUCUUAGAGGCAGCCAAAAACAAUUUCAAAAAUUACUCCAUGGAAUCCCGGACACACUUCCGUAUUCAGGCUGCUUUGCACAAGGCCAAAGCAACGGAGGAGAAUGGAGUCCAAACGCCCUCAAGCCCAUGAAAGGCAGCAGACGGGGACGCCAAGGCAUCAGUCCGUCAGAGCAGUUCUGCCGGUUAGCGGUUUGUGUUUCUUCAUCCAGAGUGUAGGAGGAAGAGGAGGCUACUUUUGCCCCCGUGUUCUGCCCUAUAGAUGCCCAUCUGUUCAUCCAAAAUACAGAUCCAAUGAGAAAUCUAAAAUAUGCAAAAAUGCUUAUGAAACAUUUACUGAGACCAUCCACACUAUCCAUGUGUGAUGUUUAUUCAUCUCUUUUUCACGACCUCCACAUGACAAAAACAUACAUGUAGCCAAUAAACCCUCUUCGCUCUGCACCCAAGUGGCAGGCGCACAUGAAAAGAUGCACAUUUGAGUUGCAUGCAGAAAUAUUUCUCAAAAUGCAUGGAAGGAAUUUGGAAAGAGGGAAGUUAUCUAAUCUUCCAGUGAUGAAAAGAGAAUUUGACCUGUUUCACCACAGAUUUACAAAAAUGAGCUUCGACACAAACGUCAUUGCAGGACCGCUGAGCCUGCUCCUUACUUUAGUAGUCAUUGUCUACAAGUAAAGUUUUACAGAUCAAAACUCCUCUGAUCAACCAAGUUCUGAAAGUUAGAUUAGUCGGUAAUUAAAUACACGCUUGUGUCAUUUUUAGUUUCUACCUAGUACUUGGAACUUUCUUCUCGUCUCUCCACUGAAAAAUGGUUCAAGUAUAUUUUAUUUUUUUCUAGUUUUGACACACUUGCAAACAAUUCCUAUUUUUUGUAAAUGUGGUAUUCGGUGCAUUUCCAUGGCACCAUCUGUCAUUUUUAAAGACGUAAAUGUUUCUCUUGGAAAAGCCAUCCUUUCUCCACUGAUCUACAAGAGCACACAGACCGCGUCUGCCUGCUGCAUGAAAUAUUUGUGGUUUGUCAACGUCAUUUGUUCUGUCUUAAUCAGCUGAUCUUUCAAAAAAGACUCCAAAUUCUCUGUCAAAUCCGUUUGUAAAUAGGCUCCCCUUUUGAAUGAUUACUGGUUCGGUUACUAGGAAAACUAUCUGCAAAAGGGUUCAAAAACACAAACUGAGAUGGUGUCAAGUGUUGCAAUUAGAGCACGACUGUUUUAAUAAUAGACGAGUACGAUUUGGGAUCCGACUGAUGACUCGGAAUCAGUUUCAAGUUGUCUUUUAAUGGUGAUGGAAAUUUAUUGUUAUUAGCAUCCCAGUUGCGAUCAGUCGCUAGAAUAUUUCCAUAGUGUAUAAAAAGUUGCUUUUUAAUUAUUGAUGAGGCUUAUUUUUAUGUUGACCUGGGGUGGCAGACAAAGCUGUAAAAAAAAAAAAAUCGAACCCAACAUUGUGUUUAUACGAAGCUGUAUGAUGGCAUGGCUGUCAACCACAAAGAAUGACUUUCCUGUAAAUGUCACUGUAAUUUAUAAUAAAUUGUUGAGAGCAAAUAAAUGUAUUAUUUGUU